AUGGGUCGGUUGGACGAUGAUCAGUCACCAUGCUCUUCAAAGGGGGUUAGUAUGAACAAAGACAAAUGGAGCGAGCGCGAAGCCAAGCAAUUAAAGGAUAGUCUCUCCGCGAAAUUUGAACCGUCGAACAGUCGCCGUAGGCCGAGAACAUCAUCAAAUUCUAUGAUGCAGCCGCUGAAAAUCGAGAUUGAUGAAACGAAGGAUGGAUCAUAUUCCUCACCAAAGCGCUCAAAUCCAACGGAGAAGUUAAUCGACGCACUUUCGCCGAAUUUCGCGGCGCUAUCUGAAAAACGCCGCUGCGUGCAACCUGGAGAGUAUCGGCGGUUGCUGGAUGGGCGCAAAUCUCCGUCCCAGAAGCCAUCUACUAGCAUGGAUAGUCCUGGCGGCGCUUCUGACAGCAGCAUCCACUCUUGUUCUUCAGCAGACGAAACCAAUGAGGUCGGAUUUGAAGGGAGCUCGUUAAUCGAGGCGACUCGCGGUCAAAGCCCAUCGAAGAAUCCGGGGAGCUCCCGUCACAGAGACGCAGACGAAGAGACCCCAGUUCUGCGCACCAGUGGUCGGCCACGUCGAUCAUCCGAUGCCGUCCGGGCGGCAUCUGGAGGUUCCGGGAUGAGGCACAAGAGCACGAAUGAAUCGUCCACCCGACGGAAGGGUCGGAAUUCACGGCUCGCAAAGGAACUGCGCAAAGUGGGCGUCGGCUCUCGCACUACCCAAAAUAGUGCUUCAGCGGCUUUGUUCGGGACCCCGGUGAAGGAAAUCAAAACGGAACCCGCUGAACCGUCACCUUCUCCCCCGCCUACACAGAAGCGCGUCAGAACGCCGAGGCUGCCCCACUCGCCCCCGUUCCAGCCAAGGAAGAUUCUCCGAAAUACCAGUCAAAGUGCCUCGGAAAGCAGUGAUGGGCGAAGAGCCACUCCGAUUUCCAUGAAGCCGGACACAUCUAAGAAGGGAGCGAAACAGAAUGUUCAAAAACGAGAGCGAUCACCUCCCGAAGAAUUAAAUGAGAGCUUCUUGGUCGAGCCCGACUCCGAGCGCGUCUUCAUGGAGAUAACGCAGAAGAACCAAGAAGAACUGGACUCGGCGAUGACCUUAAUUCAAAAAGAGAUGAAACAACAUAAGACCUCUGAAAUACCGCUACUUCCGAAGGCAAUUAGAAUCGGCAAGUACGAGAUCAAGUCAUGGUAUAGCUCGCCGUUUCCAACUGAAUACGCGCAUGCGCCGGUCGUGUUCAUCUGCGAAUUCUGCUUGAAAUAUGUGCGUACGUACGAGCUGCUGUUGCAACACAUUGGCAAAUGCCCGCUCUACCAUCCGCCCGGCAAUGAAAUUUACCGCAGUAACGGCCAUUCGGUUUUCGAGGUUGAUGGUGCGUUGGCGAAAACAUACUGCCAGAACCUCUGUCUGCUCUCCAAAUUGUUCAUCGACCACAAGACGCUUUACUACGACGUCGAGCCGUUCCUUUUCUAUGUGUUGACGCAGAACGACGAAAAUGGGCACCAUUUUGUCGGAUACUUUUCAAAGGAGAAGAAUUCAGUGAACUGGAAUCUUUCCUGUAUCGCGACACUGCCCUGCUAUCAGAAAUCCGGAUAUGGCCGCUUUUUGAUUGCCUUCAGCUACCUCUUGACGCGACGCAUGGGGGCGACCGGCUCGCCGGAACGGCCACUUUCACGCAUGGGUCUGCUGGCCUAUGCGCCGUAUUGGCGGGAAGCCGUGUUGGAAUGGACGAAGAAGAAUCGGAAACGGGACAGCAAUGACAAAUUUACUGUCAACGCCAUCGCCUCCGCGACCGGCAUCCGCCCUAGCGACAUCAUUUUCAUCAUGGAUCACAUGGGGUGGCUGUCAAGCGAGAACCGGGAUUCUUCACCUUCAUCCCGCUCCAUCGAGGUCACGAUCAAUUGGCACGAAGUCGACGAGCACUGGGAGCAGAGUAAGAAGCCCAACGCUUUCUUGAAGCUUGACGAGCUGGCUUUACAGACGUUCUAUCGA